AUGGAAGAACCUAGUGAACAUACACCUACCGAAGAAUCGAGUGACGAAGAAGAAUGUGAUGGGAACAUGUUGGAGGAAGCAGAUGUUGUUCUGGAAAAAUCUAGACAAAGUCAAGUGGUCUCAACUAGAAUAGGAUUGUCGCAAAACCUUGGACAAAAACAAAAUCAGUCAAGCAACGUUCGAAAAGGAAACCCUUUCUUAAACCAAAACAAGCGGCCAUCUAUACAAAAGCGAAAGAGACGCGCUCACAUCUCGGUAGGCGAUUCUGAUGGGUCCGACGGGAUAGCAGAAGGUGAUAACAGUCAAGUUCAGGGUGACCGAGUCCUCCAGAAAGGCAAGGGGGGUCCUUUCAAAAAUGGGAGGAGGCCUAAAAAAGUUCAAAAGGUGGCAAUUCCCAAUGAUGAAGGAUCAUAA